UCAGAAAGAUCAGGGCGCUUAUUAUGUCAAAAUGCCCCCAAAAUGUGAACAUGUUCUUCAAGAUGGUCUUAUAUUAACUGGUCAAAAUCCGUCGAGUUCAACUGCUUUAGCAAAUCUUCUAAUCAAAACGAUUGAACAGUGUUCGAAACAAGAUUAUUCUCAAAUUAAUCUAACCUCAUCACAACAAAAACUUAUGAUAACUUGGCACAUAUCAAAUGCAUCUAAUAUUCAACUAUUACAACAAUUAAAACUAGCACAUUUGGAAUAUAUUCAACGAAAUCAACAUUUUAUCGUCUUUAGUGGUUCAACAUUGCGUUCUGAGAAUCCUGUAGUAGCAAACGAAUCGAAUACGAUGAAUAUUGUCACCACAUUUCAAGAUUUU